AUGUUUGGCAAGGCCAAGAACAGAGGCGGAUUUUCCACUGCAAGAUACUCAUCCAACAAUAAAUACAACUCGCUAUCGAACAACUAUGCGCUUAGCGCGCAACAACUGCUAAGAGCCAGUAAGAUCGAUGAGAUCGACUCGAUGAUGGGUUUUGAGAGGUACGUGCCGCCCCAAUAUAACGGGAAGUUUGACGUUAAGGACAUAGAUCAGAUUCCUGGGCGCGUAGGGUGGCUGACGAACAUGCAUGCGACGCUGGUGUCGCAAGAAACGCUAUCCGGUGGCGGCAAUACCGGCGGCAAUACAAAGGAUGGAGAACACGCAACCUCUAAUCAGGGUGUUUCCGGAGUUGAUUUCUACUUUUUAGACGAGGAAGGUGGGAGUUUCAAGUCGACGGUUAUGUAUGAUCCGUACUUCUUCAUUGCAUGUAACGAUGAAUCAAGAGUUAACGAUGUGGAAGAACUGGUGAAAAAGUAUUUAGAAUCAUGUCUCAAGAGCUUACAAAUCAUUAGGAAAGAAGACCUUUCUUUGGAUAAUCAUCUUUUAGGGCUGCAGAAAACCCUCAUCAAGUUAUCGUUCGUCAAUUCCAACCAAUUAUUCGAGGCGAGAAAGCUGCUAAGGCCUAUAUUGCAAGAUAACUCCCAUAAUAAAGUGCAAAGAAAUAUAUACAGUGCAGCCACGAAUACAGAGAAAAUCGAGGCCAAGCAUUUGAUUGAAGACAUCAGAGAAUACGAUGUGCCUUACCAUGUCCGAGUAUCCAUAGAUAAAGACAUCAGGGUCGGUAAAUGGUACAAAGUCACUCAACAAGGGUUCAUUGAAGAUACCAAAAAAAUUGCAUUUGCCGACCCAGUGGUCAUGGCAUUCGAUAUUGAGACCACGAAGCCGCCUUUGAAGUUCCCAGAUUCCGCGGUAGAUCAGAUCAUGAUGAUUUCUUAUAUGAUUGAUGGGGAAGGGUUUCUAAUAACAAAUAGAGAGAUCAUUUCUGAAGAUAUUGAAGAUUUCGAGUAUACACCAAAGCCAGAAUAUCCCGGGUGCUUCACCAUAUUCAACGAGAACGACGAAGUAGCGCUGUUACAGAGAUUUUUUGAACAUAUCAGAGACGUACGACCCACCGUUAUCUMCACAUUUAACGGUGAUUUCUUCGAUUGGCCCUUCAUACACAAUAGAUGUAAAAUUCACGGCUUGGACAUGUACGAUGAAAUUGGAUUUGCCCCGGAUGCGGAAGGUGAGUACAAGUCAUCAUACUGUUCUCAUAUGGAUUGUUUUCGUUGGGUAAAGCGUGACUCUUAUUUGCCUCAAGGUUCUCAAGGUUUAAAAGCCGUUACUCAAGCUAAAUUGGGUUACAAUCCGAUUGAAUUAGAUCCCGAAUUAAUGACUCCAUAUGCAUUUGAAAAACCGCAACAUCUCUCUGAAUAUUCCGUUUCUGAUGCUGUUGCUACUUACUAUCUUUACAUGAAAUAUGUCCAUCCUUUUAUCUUUUCCCUUUGUACGAUUAUUCCUUUGAACCCAGAUGAAACUUUAAGAAAGGGUACUGGUACUUUAUGUGAAAUGUUGUUAAUGGUUCAGGCUUAUCAACAUAACAUUCUUCUCCCGAAUAAGCAUACAGAUCCGAUCGAAAGGUUUUAUGAUGGUCAUCUUUUAGAAUCAGAGACUUAUGUCGGUGGUCAUGUGGAAUCCUUAGAAGCUGGUGUCUUUAGAAGUGACUUAAAAAAUGAGUUCAAAAUCGAUCCUACUGCCAUUGAUGAACUAUUACAAGAAUUACCACAAGCAUUGAAGUUCAGCAUCGAAGUCGAAAAUAAAUCCAGUAUUGAUAAAGUGACAAAUUUUGAUGAAAUUAAAGAACAGAUAACGCAAAAACUAUUAGAGUUAAAGGAGAACAAUAUAAGAAAUGAAUUACCUUUGAUUUACCAUGUUGACGUCGCUUCCAUGUAUCCAAAUAUCAUGACUACUAAUAGAUUGCAACCAGAUAGUAUCAAAACGGAACGUGAUUGUGCUAGUUGUGACUUCAAUAGGCCUGGUAAAUCUUGUGCAAGGAAUCUGAAAUGGGCCUGGAGGGGUGAAUUCUUCCCAGCCAAGAUGGAUGAGUAUAAUAUGAUUAAGCGUGCCUUACAAAAUGAAACUUUCCCCAAUAAAAACAAGUUUUCUAAAAAGAAGAUCCUCACAUUUGAUGAAUUGAGUUAUACAGAUCAGGUUGUUCAUAUAAAGCAACGUCUUACCGAGUAUUCAAGAAAGGUUUAUCAUAAGGUUAAAGUUUCUGAAAUUGUUGAAAGAGAAGCCAUUGUUUGUCAAAGAGAAAAUCCAUUUUAUGUCAACACCGUCAUGUCUUUUCGUGAUAGACGUUAUGAGUUCAAAGGUUUAGCGAAAACCUGGAAAGGAAAUUUAUCCAAACUUGAUUCAUCUGAUAAGCACGCGAGAGAUGAAGCUAAAAAAAUGAUUAUUCUAUAUGAUUCUUUGCAAUUAGCGCACAAAGUUAUUUUAAAUUCGUUUUAUGGGUACGUUAUGAGAAAAGGUUCACGAUGGUAUUCUAUGGAAAUGGCAGGCAUCACAUGUCUAACUGGUGCUACGAUUAUUCAAAUGGCGAGAGCCUUGGUUGAGAGAGUAGGAAGACCUUUGGAAUUGGAUACCGAUGGUAUCUGGUGUAUUUUGCCGAAGUCUUUCCCAGAAACAUAUUUCUUUACUUUAGACAAUGGCAAAAAACUCUACUUGUCCUACCCAUGUUCUAUGUUGAAUUACAGAGUUCACCAAAAAUUCACUAAUAAUCAAUAUCAAGAAUUAAAGGACCCUCUCAACUACAUCUACGAGACUCAUAACGAAAACACAAUUUUUUUUGAAGUCGAUGGUCCAUAUAAAGCAAUGAUUUUGCCAAGCUCCAAGGAAGAAGGAAAGGGUAUCAAGAAAAGAUACGCCGUUUUCAACGAAGAUGGUUCGCUUGCGGAAUUGAAGGGUUUCGAACUGAAAAGACGUGGUGAAUUACAGUUAAUCAAAAAUUUUCAGAGUGAUAUUUUCAAAGUAUUUUUAGAAGGUGAUACAUUGGAAGAUUGUUAUGGAGCUGUAGCAAAAGUGUGCAAUCGUUGGCUAGACGUUCUCGAUUCACACGGUCUCAUGCUGGAGGACGAAGAUUUAGUCAGUUUGAUUUGUGAAAAUAGAAGUAUGUCGAAAACAUUAAAGGAAUACGAAGGGCAAAAAUCUACCUCCAUUACAACGGCUAAAAGAUUAGGCGACUUUCUGGGUGAAGACAUGGUUAAAGACAAAGGUCUACAAUGUAAAUAUAUUAUCAGUUCAAAACCUUUUAAUGCUCCCGUUACCGAACGUGCUAUUCCAGUUGCAAUCUUUUCAGCAGAGGUUUCAAUCAAGAGGUCUUUCUUGAGAAGGUGGACUUUAGACCCAUCUUUGGAAGAUCUUGAUAUCAGGACCAUUAUCGAUUGGGGCUAUUAUAGAGAGAGGCUUGGAUCUGCUAUUCAAAAGAUCAUCACCAUUCCAGCAGCUUUACAAGGUGUUUCCAACCCCGUUCCUAGAGUAGAACACCCAGAUUGGUUGAAGAAAAAAAUUGCAACUAGUGAGGAUAAGUUCAAGCAAACCUCAUUGAGUAAAUUUUUUUCUAAGACUAAAGAUGUACCUAAAAUGGGUAAGAUAAAAGACAUCGAGGAUUUAUUUAAAACAACUUCAGAAGACCAAAGUACUAUAAUUAAGGUUGCAAGAUCCACUAAAAAGAAAGGCGGGUCUAAAAGAAGGAGAAACCAACAGGAAAAUGAGGAAGAAUCACUGGUUUUGCCCGCAGAGAUUCCUUCAAUGGAGGAAGAUUAUGUGAGAUGGUUAAAUUACCAAAAAAUUAAAUGGAAGAUUCAAGCAAGGGAUAGAAAGCGCAGAGAUCAGUUAUUUGGCAACACAAACAGUGCACACGAAAGAAGUGCACUAGGCAGUAUGAUUAGAAAGCAAGCGGAAUCGUAUGCCAACUCUACUUGGGAGGUCCUACAAUAUAAAGAGUCUGUUGAGCCAGGAGAUUUGGAUGUCUUUGUAGCCAUUAAUGGGAAAGUGCAAAAUAUAACAUUCCACAUACCGAAAACUAUUUAUAUAAAGUUCAAAAGCCACACAAUACCAUUACAGAAGAUUAAAAACUGCCUGGUUGAAAGGUCUUCUGCAUUAAUACCAAACAAUCCGAAAACUUCUAAUCCUACGACUGGUCAGCUAUUUAAAGUGACACUACCAGAAUCUGUCUUUCUCGAAGAGAAACAAAAUUGUACAAGCAUCUUAAAUGAUGCAAAUGCUCUUGGCACAUUUGAAAGCACAAUAACGCCUCAUCAAAGAGCAAUUAUGGAUUUGGGUGCGUCAGUGACAUUUCGCUCAAAAGCAAUGGGAGCGUUAGGUAAGGGGAUUCAACAAGGUUUUGAAAUGAAGGAUCUUUCAAUGACUGAGAACGAGAGGUACUUGAGUGGAUUCUUGAUGGAUGUUAGUUAUUUGUUACAUUUUCCAACAUCAAUUGGAUAUGAAUUUUUUUCGUUAUUCAAAUCUUGGGAGGACACAAUUACUGUAUUGGUUUUGAAACCAUCCAGCUCGGCGCAAGAAAUAAACGUCUCCUCUUUAGAACAGAUAUACACACAAAUAUUUGAGAAAAAGAAAAGUAAAGUAGAAAAGUUUUCUUACUUGGUUGAUAUUAAAGAAAAGGUCAAUUUCGAGUUUGCAUAUUUUACAGAUAUCUCAAAGCUGUAUAGAAGACUUUCUCAAGAAACUACUAAACUAAAAGAAGAAAAAGGUUUGCAAUUCUUAUUGUUAUUACAAUCUCCAUUCAUCACGAAGCUUCUAAGCGCAAUACGUCUCUUAAACCAAAUACCAGUUGUCAAGCUUUCUCUCAAUGAAAUUUCUCUUCCACAGUUGAAUUGGCAGUCGACGCUAUUGAAAAAAUUGGUUAAUCACAUUAUAUCGAGUGGCUCUUGGAUUUCUCAUUUAAUUAAAUUAUCCCAGUACAGUAAUAUUCCGAUUUGUAAUUUGAGACUGGACAAUAUGGAUUAUGUUAUCGAUGUUCUUUAUGCGAGAAGGCUAAGGCAUGAGAACAUCGUGCUUUGGUGGAAUGAGAAAAACCCAUUGCCGGAUCAUGGUGGUACUCAGAAUGAUUUCGACUUGAAUACAUCGUGGAUUAUGAACGACUUGGAAUUCCCUGAAAUUAAUAAUCCAGACAUCUAUGAUAAUGUAGUACUAGAUGUUAGUGUUGAUAAUCUAACAGUAAACACAAUAUUGGCAUCUGCAUUGAUCAAUGACGCGGAGGGUAGUGAUUUGGUUAAUAGUAGUAUGGGUAUGGACGAUAAAAAUUCCAACAGCAACUCUACGUCUGAUUUUGUGCAGGAUGCCUUUUCCAAUGAUGCUUUAAAUGUUCUAAGGAGUAUGCUAAAGGAAUGGUGGGAUGAAGCUUUGAAGGAUAAUGCAACUGCGGAUUUAUUGGUCAACUCUCUAGCAAGUUGGGUCCAAAAUCCUAAUGCAAAAUUAUUUGAUGGUUUGUUGAGAUAUCAUGUCCAUAACUUAACCAAAAAGUCAUUACUUCAAUUAGUGAAUGAAUUUAGCACUCUUGGCUCAACUAUUGUCUAUGCAGAUAGGAACCAAAUUUUAAUCAAAACAAACAAGUACUCACCCGAAAAUUGUUAUGCUUACAGUCAAUAUAUGAUGAAAGCGGUUAGGACAAAUCCAAUGUUUAGUUAUUUGGAUUUGAAUAUUAAACGUUAUUGGGAUCUGUUAAUAUGGAUGGAUAAAUUCAACUUUAGUGGUUUAGCUUGUGGGAAGAUAGAGGAAAAGGAAAAGCAAGAUUAUAACGCAUUUUCGGAAUGGCAAUUAAAGAAAUUUCUGUCGCCUAUAUAUCAGCCCGAAUUUGAGGAUUGGAUGAUGAUCAUCUUAGACAGUAUGCUUAAAACCAAGCAGAACUAUUUACAAUCAAAUUCAGGCACACAAAGACCUACUCAAAUACUGAACACGAAGAAACAAGACAAAGAAGAUGGCAUUGACAACUCACUGAAUGGGUUCUCGCACAUUUUCUCUAAGCCGUUAAUGAAAAGAACUAAAAAGCUUCUAAGAAAUCAGCAAGAAUUUAUAUUAGAUCCACAAUACGAAGGAGACUACGCUAUACCUAUACUUCCUGGGUCUCAUUUGAAUAUAAAGAAUCCUCUUUUAGAACUCGUCAAAUCACUCUGCCAUGUGAUGCUGCUAUCGCACAGUACAACUUUGGAAAUAAGGACUUUGAGAAAAGAAUUGCUGAAGAUAUUUGAGAUACGUGAGUUUGCUAAGGUAGCAGAAUUCAAGAAUCCAAGUACAAGCUUAGUGGUUCCAGAUUUUCUCUGUGAACACUGUUUCUUUAUCUCUGACAUUGACUUUUGUAAGACAGAUCCUGAUUCUAUUUUCUCUUGUGCCAGGUGUCAUAAGGGUUUUAACAGAGUGUUGUUACAAGAGCACUUAAUUCAAAAGCUGCGUUCCGAUAUUGAAUCUUAUUUGAUUCAAGAUCUGAGAUGCUCUAGAUGUCAUAAAGUGAAACGUGACUAUAUGAGUGCACACUGUCCCUGUGCGGGGGCUUGGGAGGGAACCGUACCUAGGGACUCUAUUGUCCACAAACUUCACAUAUUUAAGCAAGUGGCCAAGUUCUACGACUUUGAUCUACUAUUCAACUCCAUAUCUGAUCUGAGUAUUUGA